GUCGCGAAGACACGUGAAGGUCGGUGAGUUGCUACGGAGUUCAUUUCAGCACUGGUGCCUCUGCUGGAAUGGAUUCCUCUUCGUCUUCCUCCGCGACGGGUUUGGGCUCAGUGGACCCACAGCUGCAGCAUUUCAUCGAGGUGGAGACUCAGAAGCAGCGCUUCCAACAGCUGGUGCACCAGAUGACCGAACUUUGUUGGGAAAAAUGCAUGGACAAGCCUGGGCCAAAGUUGGACAGUCGGGCUGAGGCCUGUUUUGUGAACUGCGUUGAGCGCUUCAUUGAUACAAGCCAAUUCAUCUUGAAUCGACUGGAACAGACCCAGAAAUCCAAGCCAGUCUUCUCAGAAAGCCUUUCUGACUGAUUUCAGUAUUAACUUUUUGGAAAAGGAAGGUAGUUGAAGAAUGGUUAAAGGAAAAGCUAUGGGGGCAUUGUCUCCUACCUUUGGCACUCAUGGAACAUCUGGUCAUCAGAGAAUGAACAAAGACCAAUAUUUUGUGUGUUUGGGGUUUAAGGGUCAUAAUGUGUAUUUGGUUGUGCUUUUUUAAUGUUAAUCUUGUGAAAACAAUGGCCAGAUGAAUGGAAGACUUUCUUAGAUGCAUAUUACUGUUUGUGGGACUAUGUUUUUCUCAAAGUCCCAUUAACUACUUCCUAUAAUUUGGAUAGUGGAACUGCUUUCUGUAAUUUGAUAGUGGGACCACAUGGGUAAAAUCUGUCAUUUGCAUGAACUUGUUUCAGAUUUCUAGGGAUACUGAUACACAUCUUGGAGUCUCUGAGAAAGGUGGCAGUGGGGGAAGAGUAAUUUGGCACUUACCUGUAGGCCUCCUUACCUAAUGUUUUGACCAUGAGUGCUGGAAAAUGUGGAAUGUUCAUAGAAUACAGUUCAGCUUUCUAAAUUAUCUCCCUUAUACUGUGAUUUACUUAAAAAUAUGGUCUCAAGGUAGUAUAGGCAGCUGAGUAUCUAGAGGCCUUUAGUUAUAAAGGAAUCUAGCCAGUGAACAUAAUUCUCAUUACUAAAGUGCCACAAGGAAGAAGUUCACUUACCCUGUAUAUCAGGGUCCAAGAAAUUCAAAGAUGUGCCUAAAUAAGUUAUAAAGACUUAGGCCUGUCAGAAUUCAACAGCAGCUUGAGGUAGAGUUGCAUGCCCAAUGUUAAUCAAUAUAGGUUCCAUUUACUGCGUUCUUUUGAUCACUGAAAUAAAAGCUUCUAUAAGAUUCAACUCUGUGAUUGAGAAGGCUUUCUAUUCUGGUUAUCUAUCACCUGCACCCUGGAGAAAUUCAGUGUGGACUGGUUCCAAGGCUAAAAUGUAGUCAGUCUGGGUACCUGCUCUGUGCAAGUUAUAGCACAGUAUUCCACAGAUCCCUGACCUUUUUGUGAGAAAAGGGAACCUUGAGGUGAGAUGGGGAGGGAAAGAAUUCAGUGCUGACAGUCAAUUCCCUGAGUGUAGUAGAAGAGGUUAAAUUGAUCAGAUUCCUCUCCUCUUACUUCAAAUCCUGGGUAGACUGGAGUAUAGACCUAGAGUGGAUCUACUUGUUCAGUGCCUCUAUGAAAAUCCAUGAAAAUUGGGGGAAUAACAUUUCUAGAGCCUCAAGUCCUUUUAGCUUU